AUGCAGUUCGCGAAUCAACAUGGCGGAAAUAGGUGCAGAAAAAAUAGCGCCACUUUUGAAAUAAUUUUUUCCAAUAAUAUGGCACAAAAAAGAAUUGAAAUCGAGAAAAAAUUCCUGUUGACACCGAAUUUUAAAGAUACAUUAAUACAAGAGGGUGCGAUUCUAGUCUCUGAAAAGGAAUUUUGCGAUUUUUAUUACGAUUUUCCCAACCACAAUCUCAGCAUUCAAAACUGCUGGCUACGAUGUCGAAACAGUUCUUGGGAGUUGAAAUAUCUUAAAAAAGGAAUAACAAAACCUGGCUUAGUUGAUUCAUACUGCGAAGUUGAUGAUGAAAAGGACAUUUUAAACGUCUUAGAAGAUUUUGUUGCACCGACAGUACCCUCUCAAGAUCUCAAAGGUUGUGAAUCGUUGAGCGAAUUUGUUGAGAAAUUCGAUUUACAAGUUUUUGCAUCUUUCAAGACAAAACGUACAAAGUAUCAACUUGAUGAUGUGACUAUUGAUCUAGAUAUAGCAAGUUUUGGCUACAGUGUGGGAGAAAUUGAAAUUGUUGUUGGUGACGAAGAAGAAGUUCCCCAGGCAAAAGCAAAACUGGAGACAGUGGCCAAAAAAUUAGGAAUAAACUGGGAUGAAAGCUAUCGUGGAAAAGUCGAGGAAUAUUUGCGACUGAAUGAUCCAAGUUUKUACAGGGAUUUGGUUAGUAAAGGAUCCUUGAGAAGUCACAAUUACUAAAAGGACGUUCCAAAGAUUUGACAAACUACGCGUCUUUGGAGAACGAAACCUCAUAUAAUUUGUCCUGAAACCUGAAAUUAUCAUAAUGCAGUGGGUUCCGAUUAUUGCUUGUUUUUUCUUCAAUUGUCAUAUAUUCCCUUAUUUGUUUGCUUCAAUUUUUUCCCGUCAUUUGUCAUUAACUCGUGGAU